GUCUUUUUCAGGGUGAUAUACAGCUAACUGGAUUCCGCUCAUCGGGGAAUCGCUGGGAGAUACUGAGAGGUCUCAGGGGGCAAUGCAAAGCUGGGAAGCUGGCACAGCUACCACUCAGACAGAUGUGUGAAAUCUUCAGUGCAUUACUGAUGCUUGAAUUCUUUGACACACAUGAAGACUUUAUGUCUGUCCUCCUUCUUUCUCUGUCAUUUCACUCAUUCUCUAUCUCAGUCUCGUGUACAUAUAUUAACUUUUGGUCUCUCACAUAUUCAUGCUUUCUUUCACUAUCUCCCUUCCAAUCCCCUCCCCCCACUUCUCUCUCUCUCUCUCUCUCUCUCUCUCUCUCGCCCGCGCUUGCUGUCUCUCUCUCUCUUUUACCUGACUCCUACUGUGCCUGUGUCUUAUCAGAAUAAAAGUGCUCUAGUAACAAGCACAUUCACUCAGUCAGCCAGCGUGCCUCUCAUCUUCUGCCACUGAAAAACCACGGGCAGUUGCCUCCUGGUGGCCAGGGGGUCACAGUAAAUAGGUGAUCUUAUAAAGAGCCCUAUGACUGGAAUACUGUGGUGGUCCGAUUGUAGAGACACAUAAAACCAUUUUAUCUUCAGUUCUUCUACUGUGAUUUGAAAAUGUAUAGAAUGAGUGGUACAUAAUGAUGUCAAUGACAACUGAACAACAAUGAAGCAUGUCUCAUAGGCAACCCUGACAGAGCGCAUAUUCCGCUAUAAACACUACAAUCUUCUCUUUAUUCCAUUUUUAGCCUAAAGCCAUUUUGGCCUCUGCUGAUUUAACAAUAUAUGCCCAUAAAAUGUAAAAAAAAAAAAAAAAUUGCUCUAAUCCUGAGUGACAAUUCUGAACAGUCUUGAAGUUGAUCAUUAUGAGGCUGUCAGAAUAACUGCCAUAAAAUUGUCCUUUGAUUGUAAUAAACCUUAAGCCUGUAACCUACCUGCCAUGGCUAUGGAUUUAGUGCUAGGUACACAAGAAGUCUCUCUAAUGAGUCCAUUGUGACUUUGAUGUGUUAAAAAGACAAAUACUGAUCACUAAUAGUGAUUUUAAACCUUGUACUAUUGCUAAGGUGAAAUUGGUAAUGAGAAGGCAACAACGUUUGGACCUUAGAGGGCUUGUGAAUAAACAAGGGGGGUUCUUCUUAAGGUUACAUUGUUGAAAGCUACGAGGUUAAAAUUAGGUUGAUUCGGAAUUUAAAACAAAAAUAAACAAGGUCCCGACACUGACCGUAAAUACUCAAGCUUUAAUCAAAUCACUGACUCCAGCUCCAGUCCUCCCCUUUCUGGCUGUAAUGGUUUGCCCCAGCCCGACAGUACUUGAGUACUGGGCAGGGAUAUGCCUGUUCAUGCGCUGCAGUUUCCGCCGUCUCUUGCGUUCUCCUUCUGUCGCUCUCUUGUUGCUCUUUCAACAUUUUUAAUCUCUCUCAGAUUUUCCCUGGAUCCCUUGUACUCCUCAGGCUGUGAGCACUGGGACCAAGCACCAAUUAACCCAAAUCACCGCUGGUCAGAGUAGACAGGAAGAGAGCAGGGAAGACGGGGUAGAAUAGCAGAUCCAGUCCUGCACACAAGAAACCAGAACAUUUCUUGAACAAGUUUUCUUCACUGAGCCAAGAUGUCACUGAAGGUUCAGACCAGCAACAUCACCAACAAAAACGACCCUAAGUCCAUCAACUCCCGCAUCUUCAUAGGCAACCUGAACACCGCCGUGGUCAAGAAGUCAGACGUCGAAACCAUCUUCUCCAAAUACGGCCGCGUGCUGGGCUGCUCCGUGCACAAGGGCUUCGCGUUCGUGCAGUACGCAGGCGAAAGACAUGCCCGUGGCGCCGUCAUCGGCGAAAACGGACGCGUUCUCGCCGGACAGACUCUGGAUAUAAACAUGGCAGGCGAGCCCAAACCUAACCGACCCAAAGGUUUGAAGAGAUCGGCUGCUGCUCUCUUCAGUGGCUAUGACUUUGACUACGAUUACUACAGAGAUGAUUUUUAUGACAGGCUGUUUGAAUAUCGAGGUCGAGUGUCCCCGGUGCCCAGAGUGGUGCCAGUCAAGCGCCCCCGUGUGGCCAUGCCGCUCGUGCGCAGGGUGAAGGCUCUGCCCGUCAAACUGCUGGCCAGGUCCUCUGUGCUCCCUAGCACCUCCAUUAAACAGAGGCAUCCUUGUUCCACCUGUACGGCACCAUUAACAUUGUCUCAAGGUGCUUCGCUAAGACAAAGGAUAAACACCCCUACCCCAGCGAAAUCCAAUGAGCUGCAGGCAAUCAAGUCUGAGCUCACACAGAUCAAGUGCAACAUUGAUGCCCUGCUUGGCCGACUGGAGGAAAUCACAGAGGACAAAUAUACAAGCACAGAACUGAGGAAGGACGACUGUAAGAGCCAGGUCUCCCAGGAUGACUCGGGAUCAGACACAGAUGAGCUCGCAGACGACAGCCAGGCCAUCGAGGUGGAGGAGGGAGAGGAGGGGACACAGGAUGAAUGUGACGACGACAUGGAAAACAACCAUUUAUCAGAAAUGGAAUCCAUCCUGCAAUAAAAGUCAGCAGGGAAGUUGGACUAGAUGGCUGGCUGGAAACCCUUUUAGUACCACAAACUCUGCAGGAGGACAUCCAGAGCAAAGGGGUGCCGUCAAAUUCAACAUUAGCCAUCAGACAGAGAGAGAGAGAGCGAGAGAGAGAGACAGACAGGCAGGCCACCAAUCACUGGAGGUGGGGGUAGGAGUGGGUGGGAGGGGGAGUAUUGGGGUAGGGGGAGCAACCUAAAACUUCAUUGCCCUGAC